AUGCCUGCCGGGAGUUGCGCGCAGUUUGGCUCCCCAAGGCGCAAGACUGGCGUGGCGUGCCUCCGCCGGCCGAGGGCGACUUGGCUGCCCGCCGUGCGGUUCGACGUGCCCUCCAUCAACUACGAGGCCGACAUCCCCACCGUCUUUGACGACUGGGCGUUUACGGGGGCGCUCGAAGCGGCGGACCACAGACCGCAGACGGAACAGGGCGAGACUGACCCAUUCGUCGGUCUGCAUCGGGACAUGAUAGCGUACGAUGUGCUGGCUUUUUGCGAGUCGCCGAUCACGGAGUCACCUACCCAUCUGAGAACGGUGUCAUGGUGGGCAAGGCUCCAAUGCGACACGUUCGUGAGUGCCGCGAUAUACGUGGCAAUCCACGGGACACGAUGCUCCAGCCCUUGGUCGUCCCGCAAGAUGCUCAACGCGGCCGAAGGAUUGUCGGCGGCGAAAGUACGGAGUACUCCGUACACUACCAUUAUAUCGCGAGAGGGAGAGCGUCUCACCUGA